AGCGAACUGGCUUCAUGCCAUGGCCGCCCAGUUCGACAGCGACUCCCAGAUCUCCAUCCCCGUAGGCAUCACAGUCGGCCUCCUUGCGUCCUUCGUACAGUCCCUCGGCCUUACCGUCCAGCGCAAGAGCCAUGUCCUCAACCAGCAGCUCCCCGAAGACCAGCAGAAGGUCGAACACCGCAGGCCGCUCUGGCUGUUAGGAUUCUCCAUAUUCAUCUCCUCGAACCUGUUCGGGUCCAUCUUCCAGAUCGCCUCGCUCCCCGUUGUGAUCCUUGCGCCCCUUGGAGCGGUCUCCUUGUUGUGGAACGCGUUCUUUGCCCGAAUACUUCUCGGGGACGUCUUCUCAAUAUGGAUGCUCCUGGGCACGCUGCUCAUCGCAGGCGGCGCGGUGCUCAUUGCGAUUUACGGCAUCGUACCCGAACCCACUCACUCCCUCGAGGAUCUCCUCAUGCUCUUCAAUCGCCCUGUUUUCAUCGUGUACUUCUCCCUUCUGGGCAUGAUAACCGUUGUCUCGCUGGCCGUCACUCACAUAUCUGAGUACUCCUACCGGCGCCGAAUGGCACUACCCGACGUCUCUCCGCCCCUCUCGCCGCUCGUUCUCCCAACGUCACAACCUUCCAUCCUUACCACCAGUACCACAGCGACGAACGCAGUGGACCGCAAUGAACGGACACCCCUUAUUGACCGCAAGCCGCGACCUCGGUCUUACAUCCGCUCCAAGUCACCUUCACCAUCUGGCAGCCAAUCCAUCAUAUCUACUGCAAUCUCGUUUACGACUAAGUCAACCCGCACGCCGCUCUACCUCGCCGGCUCUUAUGCAUCUUUCUCUGGCAUCAUCUCGGGCAUGUGCCUCCUGUUCGCCAAGAGCGGCGUUGAGCUCCUAAUGCUUACCUUUGGAGGGGACAACCAAUUCUGGAGGUGGCAGGCUUGGUUGCUGCUACUGAGCUUGGGUGUAUGUGCCCUCCUGCAGCUCUGGUACAUGCACAAGAGUCUGGUCCUGGCUGACCCGACCGUCGUCUGUCCCUUGGCAUUCUGCUUCUACAAUCUCUCAUCAAUCUUCAACGGCCUGGUAUACUUCGACCAAUUCUCCGUCCUAUCCAAUAAGCAGCUCAUCCUCGUUCUCGUCGGGAUCGUCAUCCUGCUUGCGGGCGUGGGGAUCGUGAGCUUCCCGCCCGCGGGCGGGUACAGCAUCGACAUCGGAGCGUGGACCGCCGCGGAGGACGAGGACGAAGACGAGUCCGUCCCGCUCCUCCACUCCGACCGUGAGGGUGAGGGUGAGUCCGAAGCCGACUCCGAGGACGAGCACGCGCAGCAGGACGACGAGCCCCUCCCAAUGCACCCUCCCCAGCCAGGUCGCUCGCGCACGCCCCGGUCGCACAGCGAGGAUAUCCGUCUGGGCACUGUCCAACCCGACCCAGCGCAGAUGCUGCCCGAUCUGGAGCAGCACCGCCGCUGGAUCACCGAACCGCCCGCACCCGUCGCACCGCCCGCGCCCGUUACGCCGCGCGCCCGGCGGCUCCGCAGGGAAUCACAGGUCGAAGAAGGGGCGGGAUCAGGUUUGAUGCACCGCUCACGCUCGUCCUACGGGACCGCCGAGAGCGUAGGCGCGGGGUCGCCCCUCGGAGGCGGCAGCACGAGCCGGAGGAGGCGGACGACGCUCGCGGCGCCAAUGAACCCGCCGAGCGGUAGCACGGUGCCCGGCCCGGCGGCGCUGAGCGGGUUCUCGAUUGGAUUGAGUCCGGUGAGCCCUGGGUUCGCGCUGGUGCCGAGGGAGAGGCGGAGGAGGCCGACGGUGGACUUGGAGGGGAUGCGGAGAGUCGUGAGUGAGGGCGGGGAGGCGAGGGCGAGUAGGGACGCGCAGAGGCUGAGGGGGGGAUUGGAAGGUGCGAGGGAGGAGGGGCUGGGUGGAGAGCAGCGGGGAGGGGAGGAGGAGCGGGAGGCGGGAGAGGGAAAGCCCGCAAGGAGGUGGAGGUGGUUGAGAAACGUGUUCUCCAUGGCGGGAUCGAGCGCGGGAUGAGCUCUCGUCAAACUCUGGCGCCGUAUGGUUCGUUGGAUGUGACGGGGCUCCCCGACCACCUUACAGGCUAAUCUGUGAUCGUUCAUGGACAACGAAUAUUAUACGUAGACUGUUGAUAUUAUUGUAUUCUUGGAUGGACGACUCUACGCUAAUCACGCUUUGGGCUCAAGCAGCCAAGUACGUAGGGCAAUGCCAAUGACUGAUACCCGGCUUCAAUCGC